AUGAAACAGCACAGCGAACUCCAAUGUCUGGAGAGGAAAAUGAAAAAUCAAGAACUCAAAUUUGAACAAGCUCUGAAGAAUCAAGAACUCAAAUUUGAACAAGCUCUGAAGAAUCAAGAACAGUUAUUUGAUCAAAAACUACAAGCAAUGGACGAUCUGGAUACAAGACGAACAACUGCGCAGGAACGUGCACAAUUUCAUCUACAACAACAACAGAAACAAGACGAGCGACUACACAAGCACGACAUGGCUGUAUUUCAGAAUUUAGCCGCAUUAAAAAACAUCAUUGAUCCAUUCUCUGGAUCCGAUACACAAGAUGUUGAGCAAUGGUUGGAUAGUUGUGUCAGAUGUCUGGAUUUAGUUAGAGUAGAAGAAAAAGAUCGGCAACACUAUUUGCCCAUGUUUUUAUCUGGUGAUGCAAAGAAAUGUGAAUUUCGUUCAGCAUUUAUUCGAGUGUUUAAAGCAACGGAUCAACGUCUAAAAAUCCAUCAGCAAUUGUGUAAUCGUCAACAAGGUCCAACAGAAACUGUACAGUCAUACUAUAUUAGCAAAAUUUCAUUAUGUACAAAAUAUAAUGAGCGUAUGCCAGCCGACGAGGCACUGAUUUAUUUAAUUGAAGGGUUACGUGCAACAAUUCGUCAAAAGUUAUUGAAUCCAAAAACAUUAGAUGAUUUGUUACAACAAGCCAAAAGAGCUGAAUCAGAUUUAAUCGAACUACAAACAACUACGAUUACAACAACAGAUGAAACAGUAUCAGCACUGAACUAUCAAGGUUCGAAAAAUUCAUCUAAUACCAACUCAGCUUUUGGCCAACGCUGCAACAAUUAUGAUCGUCGCGACGAUAUUCGUCAAACAACGGGUGCGCCCAAUGAUUCUUUCCAAUGUCCACCAUCAGAUUACUACCGACAGCAACCAACAGCAUCAUCCGUCCCAAAUACUAACCAACAUUAUUUCGGAAAUUAUUCACGCGCUCGUCGUCCUUUCGAUCAGCCUGCAUAUUUUAACAACAAUAGCCAACAGCCACAGAAACGUCCUGCACCAACCCAAUGGAGAACAAAUUACGCAUCAUACAGACCGUCGUCAUCGGAAGGUUGUUAUAUUUGUGGGAAAAUGGAUCAUUAUUGUCGUGAUUGUCCACAACGUUAUCAUCAUUUAAACUAG